AUGGUCUCUGGCCACGCCUCUCCUGCAGCCAUAUACACGGCAAUCUGGACGACAACUCUCCUGGCGAUCCUUGCGGUGGCGUUACGGAUUUUUACGACAGCUGUUAUUGUGAGGCAGCUUAAGUGUGAUGAUUACUUGAUUCUUGGGAGUUUGGGGUUUGUGAUUGUGUUUACGGGUAUGGUUACGUUGGAGACAUAUAAUGGACUCGGACGGCAUCAGGCUAGUCUUAGCAACACUGAACGGACGAAUCUUUUGCGAUGGCUUUGGAUCUCCAUUAUACUGUACCACAUAGGGCUGGGCCUGGCGAAGCUAUCGAUCGUGUCGCAAUGCCUACGCGUCUUUGGCUCAACACGCAAAUUCGUAAUCGCCUGCUACAUCGUCGGCGCCAUCCUGAUCGCCUUCACCGUCUUCAUCACCGUCUUCCUCUGCAAACCAGUCUUCCACUUCUGGCAUCCUGAACGACCCGGGACCUGCCUUCCCAGACUUCCAGUACGGUUCAUCAACUCCGCCCCCGGCGUCCUAAGCGACAUCCUAGUCGCGACCCUCCCCCUCCCCGUCCCCCAAUCGCUAAACCUCCCCAACCGCCAAAAAUGCACGCUAACCUCCAUCUUCGCCCUCAGCGGCGCCAUCUACAUCAUCAUCACGAUCAUCCACUUCUACGCCCUCUACGCUAUAACCUCCCCUGACGACCCCAGCUACGAGAACCCCCAAACAGCGCUUUCCUCCAACCUCGAAGCUUCCGCGUCCACAAUAGAUAGCUACUUGCCAACCUACAACGCCUUCAUCGCGAAACAUUUCCCCAACGGGAGUGGGGCGACGGGCGGUGCGAGGGGUAGUCGUAAUAGUAAGCAGACGACACAGGGAGGGAGUGAAGCUUCGAGGGGAUCGAGCGAGACUACGACGCAGGUUGGGACGUUGACGGGGAUUGGGGAGCAGGAAAGGAGGGGGCAGGAGGAGGGCCAGAUUGCGUUGGGGUUGGUAUUGGCGGGGUAUCAUGUGGUGUGA